CUGCAAGGGCCCCGCAGCGCGGUAGCGGACGGUGCGCUCCUGUCCUCUUCUGUCCUCUAUUCAUUUGCGCGCUCUGCUCUGACACCUGCAGCUUCGGCGUUCCCAAUACAGAGCUCCCAUACACUCUCUCACUCUUACCCUCGAGUUCUUGCCCCACGGUAUUGCGUCCCCACUCCGAACCAUGGGCCGUCAGAAGGAACUAGUGUCGCGCUGCGGGGAGCUGCUGCGGGUCCGGUACCGGCUGCUGCGCCAGGCUCUCGCUGAAUGCCUCGGGACGCUCAUACUGGUGAUGUUUGGCUGUGGCUCUGUGGCCCAGGUUGUGCUGAGCAGAGGGACCCACGGUGGCUUUCUUACCAUCAACCUGGCUUUUGGCUUUGCAGUCACACUUGGUAUCCUUAUUGCUGGCCAAAUAUCUGGGGCCCACCUGAAUCCAGCUGUGACCUUUGCUAUGUGCUUCCUGGCGAGGGAGCCCUGGAUCAAGCUGCCCAUCUAUGCACUAGCCCAGACAGUGGGGGCCUUCCUAGGGGCUGGGAUUAUCUUUGGGCUGUACUAUGAUGCAAUUUGGGCUUUUGCUGGUAACGAACUUUUUGUCUCCGGCCCCAAUGGCACUGCCGGCAUCUUUGCCACCUACCCUUCUGGCCACUUGGACAUGGUCAAUGGCUUCUUUGACCAGUUCAUUGGCACAGCAUCACUUAUCGUCUGUGUGUUGGCUAUUGUGGACCCCAACAACAACCCAGUUCCCCGAGGUCUUGAAGCCUUCACUGUUGGUUUUGUGGUCCUGGUCAUUGGUACAUCCAUGGGCUUCAAUUCUGGUUAUGCUGUUAACCCAGCCCGAGAUUUUGGUCCCCGCCUCUUCACUGCCAUUGCUGGCUGGGGUUCUGAGGUCUUCACAACGGGUCGACACUGGUGGUGGGUCCCCAUCGUCUCACCACUUCUUGGUUCCAUUUGUGGAGUUUUUGUCUAUCAGCUCAUGAUUGGAUUUCACCUGGAGCUUCCUCCUUCCACAGAGCAGGAGAAUGUCAAGCUGGCUCAUGUGAAACACAACGAACAGCUCUGAGUGGGAGAGUUGCAGCUCCCUCCCUCCAGGAUCCCCACUCCUUCCCCUAGGAACUAACACUGAUAGAACUGUGCCAGAGACAUACCCCCAAAGCAGCCAUAGCCUCCACCUCUCUGGUCCCCAUGCCUCCUGUUCCUCUGGCCCUGGGAGACUCUUUCCUGAGGGCUAUGUUUAGCAAUAAUGCUAAACCAAAAAAAGCCCCCUCAAACCUCUCUCCCCACCCUAGGGGUUAAUGAAUCCUUGGGAAUCAUGGUCAGUAUGGAUUUACAAUGGUUGUUGGAUUUAAGCCCUGCCCUGAUGUUGCCAGACCUGAAGUAGGAUAUUUGCCGGAAAUAAUAAAUUGCUUUGAGUUCUUGGAAGGUUCUUCAGAGGAAAAAAGAGAGGGGAAGUCAAUAGCUAGAAACUCUGCAGAUGUGUGAAGGGGUACAGAUAUGUGAGAGAUGCAUAGGUGUGAAGGUAGUUACAGAUAUACAAGGGCAUUUUAGCCUUGGGAAAGUCCCAGAUUCAUUCAUUCAUUCAUUCAUUCAUUCAUUCAUUCCAGAUAUAGGAGAGGCUCAAAUGAAAGAGAUUCCAAAUGGAGACAUGUUAGAUACAUGAGAGGCAGUGCAAAUAAAAGGAAAGUCCAAGUGUGUGUGUGUGUGUGUGUGUGUGUGUGUGUGUGUAGGUAUAUUAGUGAUUACAGAUGUGUGUCAACCGAAAUGUGUGUGUAAGGGGGAGGAUACAUAUGUAUAUGUCCUAGAAAGGAGAGACCCAGAAGCAGAGGAUCUUGCUAGACUUUGGGGAAGGGAGGAAGUCAGGGAGAGCAGAAAAACCUCUCGAAAGACACAUUACUUUGCCUGGGGGGAUGUGUGUGUUUGGGGGGAGAGACUCAUAAUUUGAGGUUCAGAGCUCUGCACAUAGGCAGAAUCCAUUUGCUUGUUCCCACCCAUGACCUCAGGUGGUGGGUGCUAAGUACACGGAUAUGUCUCAUUUGGGCAAAUGUUACAGCUAGGGUUGGGGGCCUUCCUUCCCCAACCAAUGCCACUUGUUCCUUGCUCUUGGGUGUUCUUAUUCCCUCCAGGCAUUCCCAGAUUGGGUCAAAUAAGGGUGCCUGUUCCUCAAAUACUCCUUAUUCACUGUGUGGAUACCUCCACCCCAAUACACUCUUGUAUUUUUUAAAAUAAAGACAUUUACACAGAAAACUUGA